GAGUCUGACGUGGUAUUUUCGUGCUUGUUUUGGAGUCCAGCAGGACGGCGGACCAUCAGCUGAUGACGAACUGAAUCCGAACGCUGUGACGCUUUCCCCGCUCCUCACUACGGUGGCAUGCGGUCUCCAUGGAAACCGGUUGAGUUGGUGCAGUGCGUUUGCGUGGUGUGGAGCGGUUUGUUCUGGCUGCACAAUUUUACUCAUAGCUUAACGUCGGCCAGCGCUCUUUAGAUAAGAGCUGUGUGAGAUAGAUGGCAUCCAGUGAGACAUUCUGAUCACCCUUGGUGUAAUGUUAGUAGGUUAGGUUUGGUAUUGUGAUAUUUUUCUGUCACUGAAUUGUCGUGAGGACGCUAACGUUAGCUCAUAUUACCAACUUACUAGGUUGACGUUAGCCUGCUAGCUAGCUUGCGCGAAAAAUCUUCGCUAAUUAACGGAGUUUAUGUAAGAAGUAGCUCUCUGCCAGCUAGUUUGCGGUUUGUCGACGCCUGGAAUGUGUUUCCAGUUUGGUCGUUCAUACACCACCUGAGCUGAGCGACAUUUUCCCCUCCACCUCGAAAUGUAACCGUAUUUCGAACUUGCUUUUCAAGUAGGGUAGAAUAAAUGGUAUUAUACGCUAGUUAACUAGCUAACUAGGACAGUUGAUUCGUGUAACGUUAGCAGUAAUGGUUUAGCCUGCAGUUAGUCAGGAAAGGCUGUAUCCAUUUCUCUGUGAUAGCCAAACGUCGCCAGCAGCCAUUCCCGGUGUGUGCUUAUGUAUGUGUAUGACAGCUGCGGCAAUGGGAAGCCUAGCCUCCGUACAGCCAACGAUAUUCCCCACAAAGUUUAAAACCACUCGUUUGCGGGAAUCCCAGCUCUGCGUUGCGUGGUUUGCCAGUGUCAUUGCUUUUUCUUUUCUUCCCGAUUGGAUAUGAUUAGAGGCUUCUGACACAGCGGAGCAUCUCAAGCCAGCCGAUGAAUUAGUUAUAGCCAUCUAAGUCUUGGUAACCUGAAGGAGGUUAUUUUUUGUCGUGGGAGGAACAGCUUCAGCUUCUCCCCGUCAAAGAAAUCAUCGUUCAGAGUUAAGAAGCCGCGAUCAUGACAGAGCUGUAACAACUUCUUCUUCAUCACGUCCAUAAAGAAGAAACGGAGACCAGAUGUUUGUCGGCAAAAUGACUCUCAGUCAGUCCGGUCUGUUUGGACAGAUAGAUGACCUGCAGGACCUCACAUUCAUCGAGAGACCCAUACGUAGGAGCCUGAAGACUGCAGAAGAGAUCGACAAACUAACGGUAGAUGAAGAUUUGAAUGACAUAGAGCGGGCAGUCUACCUCCUCAGCUCUGGUCAGGAUGUCCAGCGAGCCAGUGUGAUUGUCAACUUGCCAAACCUGGUGCGUCAGAACCCAGCAGAGACGUUCCGGAGGGUGGUGCCAAAAGUCAGGGAGGUGCUGCACGUAGCUGGGGCAGACAUGCAGCUUGCCGCAGCAGGGUCUUUCUUGACCAUUCUCCAGGACGACAUUGUCCUCAUCCAGACCCAUACGCACUCAAUCUUGCAGAUAGUUCUCCUCAACCUAGACCACAGGGACACAGUGGUCGGCAAUGCUUGGCUAGAGACCUUGCUUUCAGCUAUUGAUGCUUUACCAAAAGAAACCAUCAGACAGGAGAUUCUGAGCCCCUUGGUAUCUAAAGCUCAGCUCUCCCAGUCUGUACCGGCCCGUCUGGCCAGCUGUCGCAUCUUAGGCAAGGUUGCUGCCAAGUUUGAGUCAUCAGUAGUGAAGAAGGACCUGCUGCCUCUGGUCAGGUCGUUGUGUCAGGAUGUGGAGUACGAGGUGCGCUCCUGCAUGUGUCGCCAGCUGGAGAACAUCGCCAGGGGAAUUGGGCUGGAACAUACGAAGGCUGUGGUGCUGCCAGAGUUGGUGGAGCUGGCUAGAGACGAGGGCAGCACUGUGAGACUGGCAGCUUUUGACACUAUUAUCAACCUCCUAGAGAUGUUUGACAGUGAUGACAGGACACGUGUUAUAUUUCCCCUGGUGAAGACAUUCUGUGAGAAGUGCUUUAAAGCUGAUGAGGCAGUGCUGGCCUCCCUGUCCUUCCAGUAUGGCAAGCUGUGUCACGGCCUCUCGGCAUCUUUCACAGAUGAGCAGCAUCUCUGGUUUCUUGAGUUCUAUAAGAAGCUGUGCUGCCUGGGGCUGCAGCAUGAGAACGGCCACUGCGAGAGCCAGCCCUACCCCCUGGAGCUGGAGAACAAGUAUGCCCUGGUGCGCAGGAAUUGCGCCUACAACUUCCCUGCCAUGGUGUUAUUUGCUGACCCAAACCACUUCCUGUCCGAGUUGUACCGGACCUUCUCGAGUCUUUGUCACGACCCUGAAAUAUCAGUCAGGCGGACGGCUGCUGAGGGGUUUCAUGAGGUGGUUAAACUGCUGGGUCCAAAUGUGCACUAUGUACACAAAGAGCUGAUCACCUUGCUGCAGGAUGAUUCAUUAGAGGUACUGGAUGCCCUGCUCAAUCACGUUCAGGAAACUUUGGAGCUGGCAACUUCCAGGGGGGAAGGUGCAGGGCCUGAGAGUAAGCAGGUGAAUGUGCCUGAUCUGGUUCCUGCCCUGGUGGCAGCCGAGCAGAAGGCUGCAUCCUCACUACGCUGGAGGGUCCAUGAGAAACUUCUGCAGCGCUAUUCCUGCCUGCCCCGGGUCAUCUCUGGAGACCAGAUCUACUUCCGUUUCCUGCAGAGAAUGUUUAGCAUCAUCACAACAAAUAAUGUUCUGCCAGUCCAAAGAGAAGCUGCUCGGACGUUGUGUGUGUUUUUGCGCUACAAUCGCAAGCAGGAGCAACGGCAAGAGAUCAUUAGCAAAAUAAUGCAGGAACUAGCUCAAGGUAGAAGCUACUGGAACAGGUUGCGGUUUCUGGACCUGUGUGAGAUUGCCAUAGAUCUCUUCUCCAAAUCCUACUUCUGCAAACACUUUCUUAUUCAGGCGCUUGAGCUCGUCAAUGACCCUGUGGCCAAUGUCAGGUAUAAGCUGUGCCACAUGCUGCCCAGGCUAAGGUCCACCAUCAGGUUGCCUGCGGACAAACACCUGCUUCAGCAGCUGGAGUUCUGUGUCAGGAAACUGCUCUGCCGUGAAAAAGACAAAGAUGUAGUGGCCACAGUGCGCAAGACAGUCUUGGAGCUGGACAAAAUGGAUAUCACAGAACCGUAUCAUAAAAGGCAUGAAAGAGACUUGCUAGACCAAAAGAAGGAGAAGGAGGAAACUUUACUACUUGAAAUGGAACUGCUAGAACGGCAGCAGAGCGAAGCCAAAUUGGUUGGAGAAAAGCACACUGAAAAGAAGCGAAGAGACAGCAAAGCGGGACUUUCUGGUAGCAAAGGCAUGUCAGGGUCUACAUCUGGAGCCACCCUGUCCACAUCUGCUGGUAAGGAAAUGCGGAGAGCCAAACUGGCUCGCAGUCGUUCCCUCAGUAGCCAUCCCAGCACUCCUAAAUUGGCAAACUCUGACAAAACACUAAAAGUGAAGGAAUCAGGAAGUUGUCCUGGAUCAGGGAAGAGCUCCAUAAUACCAAUGAAUGAUGAUGCCCUACGAUCCCAUCAUUUCAACGUGGCCUCCUCAUCCUCUUCCUUGUCUCCAACUCCCUCUACCUCCUCCAUGCCCGUCUUGAUCCGCAGCAACACAAGCAGCUCUGUAGAUCAUCGGAGCAACGGCAGCAAAGACACACAGUCCAGAAAACUUACCAUACAAAGGAAGUCUAAUUCUUUUGGCAUGCAGUCUGGGAGGGAGUGACAAACACUCAACUGAGAGGACUUAGGCAUACUGGCUGUUGUGAAGUGACCCCCGUCCCCUGCCAUGGAGCUUGAGGAAGGUCAGGAUGGCUCUCUUUGUCCAUCCUGGAGAUAUGUCAUCUGCCCAUAGCCCGUUCCUCCUCUGUAGCAGAACCAGCUGAACUUCCUUGCUCAGGCUGUGGAGGAGGAAAGGGGCCCCAGGAUUUUUCUCACGUCAAUGAAAGUAAACAUUGAUCCAUCUCUGCCUUAUUCCACACUAAAAUUUGCACCAUUUAUCAAAACAAGAGUGGAGGAGUAAUAUGAUGUAUUUAAUUUAUUGGUUCAUUUUUUGUUUCUUGUAUUAUAGCAUGCUUUGCAAAAUCUCUUUGUUUUAUAUUUUCCAAAUGGUUAUGAAAAAAGACGCAGUAUGUAUUUUUAUGACUGAGCGCCACCUUUAAGAGUUCUGGGACUCUCCAUCCAGUGACAUUGUGCCUGGUGCAUCACAGCACCUGAGUGAUUCACGCCAAUCCUUCAGAACCUAAUCAAUAAAGCCCAUGUUGAACAUAA